CGCGUUGCAGAAGAUUACGUAGCAGCGGUGUCAAAUGUUACGUAGCUAUAAACUUGGUCAAUGUGCUUAUCCGGUGCAUGUGGAGUUGAUUACUAAAGUUGAUUACUAAACUUCAAAGUAUCCGUAUCGGCUCUUUAAAUUUAUAUAUUACAUUGAUUCACCAGGAUGUGAUUCCAAGAUAUUACCCUAUUACUUUAGACACCCCGAUCCGACAACUAUAAUAAUGUCUGAGAAAUCUGUUUUCCUCCUUGGUCCAGGCUAUAUUGGCGGCCAGAUAUUGGAAUUCCUCUUGCAAAGAAAUUACCAUGUAACAACCUUGACUCGCAGGGAAUCCACUGCCGCCGAAUUCCACGCCCAGGGUAUAAAGACUGUCAUCGGAUCUGUGGACGAUAGAUCCCUCAUUCAGAAGCAAGUCUCUGUCAGCGAUAUUGUUCUCCAUACAGCAACGGCUGACCACUUACCAUCGGCAGAAGCCAUCCUUGAUGGGCUGGAGGAGCGUGCUAAAAACAACCUGCAAACGAUUUACAUCCACACCAGCGGUGCAGGCGUCCUAGGCGACAAUAGCGCCGGAGCGUUCAAGAGCGAUAUGGUUUUUGAAGACGACAAGCCUGAAGACAUCGACGCACUCCCUGAAUCCGCGGCGCAUCGCACCAUAGACCUAGCGAUUGUGCGUCGCCGGAAGAUCCUCGGCAAGCACGCCAAAAUUGCCAUUAUGAUCCCCCCGCUCAUUUACGGCGUCGGUCCUCCUGGCAGAUUGUCUAUCCAGCUCCCUACCUUAGUCCGGUAUGCUUUGAAGCACGGCUACGCAGGCCAGGUUGGAGAAGGCCGGUCAGUCUGGAGUCAGAUUCAUGUUAAGGACCUGGCGCGGGGGUAUCUGACACUCCUGGAUUGGUUAGAGCGGACUCCGCCCGAGGAGGUCCUCCCGAACCCAUAUUGGUUCUGUGAGAACGGCAACGAGUUGUCGUGGAAUGAUUGUGCGGCGGAAAUUGGACGCGUGCUUCACCAGGCGGGUAAGAUUGAAAGUUCUACUCCCCGGACUAUUCCUGUCAGUAACUACGGGGAUCUUUUUGGGAAGUUGACAGAUACUGCGGUAGGGUCGAACUCGCGAAGCAGGGCAAAUCGACUACAGAAGUUGGGGUGGGAGCCCAAGGAGAAGAAGACGUUGGCUUCGCUGGCCGAGGAUGAAAUUCCUUUGAUUAUGCAGGAGACGGGUCCAUUUGAGGGUUAUGGAAAGGUUGUUGCUUCAUAAAAUUAGAUGUUUUGUUUCUGGAUUCUGGUUUAAACUAUAGAAUUAAAAUAGUAUAAACCGACAGUCGACUAUAGAAAAUUACUAUGAUUUUUCGUUCAUAUCUUAUCGUUUUAUGCUUUCAUGUCUGAAAAUAAAAAAAAGGUUCUUGGCUUAUAACGCAACUAAGCUGGUAGGGUAGUAACUUUUGUUGAAAAUUGAAAAUUACUAGAGUUCACCACUUGUAAAAAAUGAGGAAAGUAUAGAAUUAACUUUUUUGAAAAUGACAGAACAUGUAAAAAGAAAAAAGAUAAAAUUUCUAGAACUGAAAAUG